GUGCUGGCAGGAGAGCAACUCUUAAGGAGAGCGCCAACAUGGCGACCGCCAAUGCAGCAGAUGGCGCUGCCAUCCCCGCACCUGCUGCACAUGCUGCUGCUGCAGCACCUCCCAAGAAAGUGGCUGCUAAUUGGAACCCAGAGCUGGACCAGAAGUUCGUUGGCGUUUGGGGAGAGGAGUUUCUAAGGAUCAAGCAAGGGAAUUUUAAAACUCACAACUGGAGCUUUGUGACAGAGCAGAUAAACAAGGAACUCCCAGAGGGUGUAGCCCCAUUCACAGUCAAGCAGUGCCAGGAGAAGAUCAACAGUCUCAAGAAGAGGUUUGCGGCAGAAUUGAAGAAGAAAACCAGCACGGGGUCUGUGAAUAGCUCAUGGGUCCUCUUCGAAGUCCUGGCUCCUUACCUGAAGAAGUUGCCCAAGGUCAUCGGUAUUCCAGGAGCCAUUGACAGCGGGCUUCUUGAGGUGCCUGCCCCGCCAGUCAUAUCGACAGGAGGCAACGUUGCGGGGGAUGAGGAGGGAGAGUAUGUUGGGGAGAAUGCGGGCGCCGAAUCAGACGCGGUUGACCAGCCUGCAGCGGGGGAGCAUUCAGAGCAAGUCCUGUCCCCUGCUAGUUCCCAGCCCCCAACCCCCAGCCCCCAGCCCACCUCUGCGGAGUCAGAGAGGGCCAAGCGCCGCGUUUCUGCGCCGACGGAGGACGAGCUGGAUCCAGGCCGGGGAAGCCCCAGGGAAAAGUUUGAAAAGAAACCUGGAAUCAAUGGUCAGAUCAAUGGGAAGAACAAGCGUUUGAAGGGCUCUCCUGGGGGAGCGCUAGCAAGAAGCAUCGACAACUUCACGAAGGGGCAUGCAGGAUCCAUGAUGACAUAUCUGGGUGGUCCUCAAGUGGGCGGCAUCAUGACACCCCCCAGGCUGCCGGCAAGCGACACUCCAGAAGACCUUGUCGUAGUCGCAGAUUCCCUGUAG